AUGAAAAAAUAUCUGAGAGCAAUUUUGCUUUUAUCAAUAAAAUGUUUAUUCUUUUUCAAUUUAAAAUUAUCUAUUUCUGUUACAGAGUCUGAUAAAAUGGAGGUGACGGGUAAAUCGGACCCUACAAGACACAGACUGAUUCACAGGGCGAAAAUGAAGAGUUUUCCGGAUCUCCGUGUGAUUGUGACCACUUUCAUAGUCUGGUGGACGCCCUACUAUAGCAUGAUGAUCAUUUUCGUGUUCCACCCUGAUAAGCAUCUGAGCGAGGAACUACAGAAGGCCAUCUUCUUCUUUGGCAUGUCCAACAGCCUAGUCAAUCCCAUUAUUUAUGGCGCCUUUCACCUUUGGAGGCCGGAAAGAAGAAGAAAAAAGGAAGCCAAAGCUGAGCGAGGAUACAGAAGGCCAUCUUCUUCUUUGGCAUGUCCAACAGCCUAG